UACUACAUGUCCCAGAAGGCCUCUCGAUAUUGCAGUAACCAAUAAAAGGACCCGCACAUCGGUCAGCUGUCGACCAAUCAGAUUUCGGGACGCUGAACUAGCCAUUCAGAGCCCUGCUGAGGUCGCCGGUCAAAAUUAAUUGUCCAAACUUUUCAAUCUCAGAGAUAUCGUUCGUGCGCUUUCCUGUUCGCGAGUUCAUGACGGUAGUCGACGGUGACGCGUUACCGCUCGCCAUGCCUGUCCCAGCCGAAUGUUACCUUGCCUCCGACGCGGCCUGUCCAACACCGGGCUCGCUUAUGCCGCCCGCCCCAAUCAAUGGACAACAGCCUGGCGUGGCCACGUCGGUGCUGUACAGCGGCUCCCAGUUUCGGGGCUACCAGAAGAGCAAAGGGAGCGCCUACGACGUGGAUGUUGUUUUGCAGCAUGUGACUCCGGAGGAUUCAUAUUUGUGUGGAUAUCUGAAGAUCAGCGGCCUGACUGAGGAGUAUCCAACGCUCACAACGUUCUUUGCUGGUGAAAUCAUAAGUAGAAAGAGGCCUUUUUUAACCAGGAAGUGGGAUGCUGAUGAGGACGUGGACAGGAAACAUUGGGGCAAAUUUCAGGCUUUUUAUAAAGUCGCCAAAAGCUUCAACUCUGACGAUUUUGACUAUGACGCACUGGAACGCAGCGAUUACGUCUUCAUGAGAUGGAAAGAGCAGUUCCUGGUCCCCGAUCACACCAUCAAGGACAUCAGCGGUGCGUCCUUUGCAGGCUUUUACUACAUCUGCUUCCAGAAGUCCACAGCCACGAUUGAGGGUUACUACUACCACAGGAGCUCGGAAUGGUAUCAGUCACUCAAUCUGAGCCACGUUCGAGAGCACAGUAUUCCCAUCUAUGAAUUCCGCUGAAAAAGAUAAUGUGUUUGUCACGGAGGGCUCAAACUCACGCCGCCCUGGUCUUCAAAUGGGAUGCGAAAAUAAAUAAAUAAAUGCGGGUGGCGAGAGAGCCACUGGCUGCCCAGAAGGGAGCCUGGAUCCCACUCGGUAUCUCGUAUGCUGCAAGGCGCUCCUUGAGUCCUGAGGAAGAGCGAAGGGCCAAUGGACACAAUGAACAGGUGUCACAGUGGCCGCAAGACCUGCUGAUGUCCACCUUUCACUUGUAAACUGGCUUUUUUUUUUUUUUUUAACACAUGCUACUUCUACUCACAAGAAAGACAACUUUGCCUUUUGAAGUCAAAGUAACUAAUACAUGACAAGAUGGCUUUCAGUCAAAUCUAAAUAAUGUAAUCUAGUGCAGUAACACAUUGCGUUUAAAUGAUUAUCAACCAUCAUGGACCAAUGAUCAAGAACCCGUUUCCAUAUUGUCAUGAUACAGCAAAUAGUUGUAAUUUUUUUUAAAUCGACAGAGAAAGCAGUUUACAGUAUGAAUGCUUUUUUUAAAAAUUUUUUUAAUUCAGUCACGUAACGUCACAUUCCGAUUGUGUCGUCAUUUUUGUGGCAGGAAAGUUGUUGCGCAAAGCAAUUUUAAUCCAGGUCCUGUGUGUGGUAAUAGCUGUAAUGCUUUUACUUUGAAAGCGCUAACGGUAUGGAUGCCGGGGGAAAAUUUCGUUAGUUUAGGAAGUCUAGGAAGACGUAUGUGCGACUACUGCUAGAGCUAAGUCUAUAAUAAACUUGCUUGCUUGAAACCGACUGCAUCUUAUUUACCCACAUUAGGACACCGUGACUGUCCUGGAAAAGUAGUGGUAAAGAUUUUGUAACUUAACAGGGAAAGUUACUUUGUGAAGACAUUGGAGGGUGUGUAAUAAACGUUCAGUGUUUUGAAAGCUUCACUCAAAAAAAAAAGAUUAAAAAUUGUAUUCCAAACUUUGUAAUGCCUCUCAAUUUGGUUAGAAUUUUGAGAGGUUGGGAUCUGUUUUAAGUGGUACUGACGACGAAAUGCACGCGGUUUGACACUUUUUGGGAUUGAUCACACCACACUGAAAAAUUGUUGGAUUCAUCUGUUUCCGUGGGGGAAAAUAAAUAACUGAUUUGUG